GACCACAUAGCCUGCUCUUCCCUGCACCAGGUCCAGCCUCUGAACCAUGAGUUCUCAGCAACAGAAGCAACCUUGCACCCCACCCCCCCAAAUUCAGCAGCAGCAGGUGAAACAGCCCUGCCAGCCUCCACCCCAGGAGCCAUGUGCCUCCAAAACCAAGGAACCAUGCCACCCCAAGGCUCCUGAGCCCUGCCACCCCAAGGCUCCUGAGCCCUGCCACCCAAAGGCUCCAGAACCCUGCCACCCCAAGGCUCCAGAGCCCUGCCCCUCGACCAUCACCCCAGCACCUGCUCAGCAGAAGACCAAGCAGAAGUAAUAUGCUCCACAGCCAUGCCCUGAGGAGUGACCACUGGAUGUUGAAUCACCUUUCCGUUCUGCUUCUGAGCCCCACUUGCCAUUAGCAUGCUGUCAGUCUGAGCCACAG